GGCCUCAGCUGCCCGUGGCAUGUGCGGCAGAGUUCUUAUCCUCAGAUUUUGUUUCAUCAUGGAGUCUUCCUUAAUUCCGCUCCAAUGAGAACUGUAGGACCUCGUGUGGCUUUGCAAUAAGCCCGUUGAGUACAUGCAGUAGGUUGUGAAAUGUGUAUUUAAUAUCGGAGGGCAAGGCGCUGAGUACAGGUGGUGGUGCUGGAGGAGAUUCCUCAAGUCUUCAGCGGGCUUGUUCGCAUCUUGUUCUCGGUCGCCCGGAGUACAGCCAUGGCUGAGGGCAGCCGACUAAUGCAAAGGGAACUGUUGCUCCUGGUCCUUGUGGCUUGUAUCCACUUGUUGAUCUGUCCUUUUACUAAAGUGGAAGAAAGCUUCAACCUGCAAGCGAUGCACGACCUACUGUACCACCGCCUGCACUUGGACAAGUACGAUCAUCACGAAUUUCCCGGAGUUGUUCCAAGGACCUUUGUGGGACCGCUUUUUAUUUCCCUGCUCUCUGCACCAGCUGCUUGUGUCCUCUGGGUUCUCAACGUGUGCAAGUUGUACUCACAACUUCUAGUUCGAGGCUGCCUCGGUCUCUGUGUGAUCUAUGCACUCUGGAAGUUCCAGAAAGAAGUCCGGAAACAAUAUGGCACAAGAGUAGCUGUUUUCUUCUGUUGGAUCUCAGCAACACAAUUCCACCUGCUCUUUUACUGCACAAGAACUCUCCCAAAUAUAUUUGCACUGCCCAUUGUUCUCUUGGCGUUUACAGCCUGGAUGCAGCAGAACCACGGCAUAUUUAUAUGGCUUUCUGCUCUAGCUAUCAUUGUAUUCCGGUUCGAGCUUUCCAUAUUCCUGGGUCUCAUGCUGCUGUUGUCUUUAUUGAGCCAUCAUCUUUCGAUUCUCCAAACUCUUUGCCAUGCAGUGCCAGCUGGCUUGGUGUGGUUGGCUCUAACUGUAUUGGUGGAUUCUGUGUUUUGGAGACGACUCCUCUGGCCUGAGGGAGAAGUACUUUGGUACAAUACAAUCUUGAAUAAGAGUUCUGAAUGGGGAACGUCACCUUUUUUAUGGUAUUUUUACUCGGUACUGCCUCGUGCUCUUGGUUGUACUGUUAUUUUUCUGCCUCUUGGAGCACAAGACAGGAGGAGCUGGAAGCUGCUUUUCCCAUCACUUGGUUUCAUCUUUUUAUACUCAUUUCUACCUCACAAAGAACUGCGCUUUAUAAUCUACACUUUUCCUGUCUUAAAUGUUGUUGCAGCGAUGGGAUGUUCAUCCCUAGUGAUCAACUACCACAAAUCGCUGUUUUAUAAAUUGGGUUUCUUCGCUGUGAUUGCACAUUUCAUAGCAAAUGUCUGCUACACUGGGUCGUUACUAUAUGUAUCCCACCAUAACUACCCAGGUGGAGUUGCUAUGCAAAAACUUCAUGAGAUGGUGCCUCCAACAACAGCUGUUUCCGUGCAUAUCGAUGUCGCUUCUGCUCAGACCGGUGUUUCUCGGUUUCUUGAACUCAAUCAAAAUUGGAGGUAUGACAAGAGGGAAGAUCUUAAACCAGGAGAAGUUGGCACCGAAGAAUACACACACAACCUAAUGGAAAUGGAUCCAAAUUACGUAUCACAGUACAGAAACACACAUAGGAUAAUGUUCAAUAUUUCUGGCUUUAGUGGGAUUGGAUUUAAUAUCUCUCGAUUACCUCCAUUUUACAUUAAAAUGGAAACAAAAUUAGUGGCACUAGAAAAAAUACGCACAUUAAUGAGAAAAAGAUAAAAUAAAAUGUAGCCCAUUUUGCUCAGUGAUUAAGACUACCAAAAUUCUGUGAGUUCCUGUUGAUUCUGCCAUUUAUUACAAAAGAAAAUCUUAAUUCACAGCACUAAUUGGGAGUCUGCAAUAAUGUGUGAUGUUGUGAAGAUGUUGUUCAUUAAGUUAUGCCAAGGUAAAGAAAAAUUGCUCAUUUGUUACUAGCACAAUUUGGUAUUUCUACACCUUCAAGUUCUUUUGAUUUUAAAAAAUGCAAUAUAUCCUUCUCAAUGUUAUAAUGAAGAAAAUGGAGACAAGAAUUUUACUUGGGUGUGUGCCAUAAUUUUCCAAACAUUGAAAUGAGUGGAAAGGAAACUGGAUGACAAUGGAAGUGAUAUUUCAAUCACUUUAUCUUUAAGAAGUGCAGAUUUAUUGCACAAGACCAAAUGAUAAUUAUGCAUUCACGUUGUACCUGAUUAUAUUGAAAAUAAGACCAAGUAUAACUAUUUAAUCAUGCUUCUGAUUUCAUCUGCUGGAAAGGAAUAAUGAAUCAAACUACUAGUCCAGUGAGUGCUAUUGAAAACAUGAGUUCACUUCAGUUCUCCUUUGUUAUAAGAACUUUUAAUGGAUCACAAAUUAUAUUGAUUCUCUGGUGUACAGAUUAAACUGGUCAUACUUUGGGCUGAAGUUAAAUUGAAUACAACAAAAGCAAAAAUAGAUAUUUCUAGUUGCGCUAUUAUUUCAACUCGUGCCUAAUUGAUACUAUUUUCUGUCCUUUUAAUGUUUUAGAGGAUGAUUGUUUGGUAAGAACUUUUGACUUCAGUGGAACAUAAAUAUUAAAAUGCUGAUAAUCAUUGUCUUGAAAUAUACACAAAAUUUAAAUUCUUGCAGCAGUGUAUCUGUCUCUGAAUUUUAUAAAUAAAUACAAAAUUGUCAAUUUUUAUUAAGAAAGCAUGGAUGUUGCUGUUCUUCUCACCUGCCUGUUACUUCCUCCUGGGUCCCCUCCUCCUUCCUUUCCUUCUGUGCUCCACUCUUCUCUCUUACCAGAUUCUUUCUCUCCAGCCCUUGACCUUUCCCACCCAACAGGCUUCACCUAUCAUCUUCUAGCUAACCUCUUUACCCUCCUCCCCACUUUUUUAUUCAGGCAGCUCUCUCCUCAGUGCCAAUGAAGGGUCUCAGCUUGAAAUGUUGACUGUUCACUCUUUUCCAUCGAUGCUGCCUGAUCUGCUAAGUUUCUCCAGCAUUUUGUGUUGUGUGUUGCUGUGGAUUUCCAGCAUCUGCAUAUUUUCUCAUCUUUGUGAUUUUUCCCAUUUCUUAUGUUCCCAAAUUGAAAGAUUUGUAAGGCUGCUUCAAGAACAGUUAUGGGUCAACCACACUGCCUAGUCCAGAGUUGUAUACAGAUGAACUAGAGAAUAUUUGGUGGUUAUCAUUUCGUGAGGAACAUGAGUGAAUUAUUUUUUUUAGACUGCCUUUGGUUAAUCGGGGUGCCUGCUUAUUUGGGACAACUCUUAAAGAACGAAAACUAUUCAAUAAAAUAGCUGGGAGUCCCUUUGUUUAUUUGGGACACGAUGCUGCUUAAUUAGGGCAGGAGAUUGUUGCCGAACAGCUUCCAACUAGCACCAGCUGCAUGCUGUUCUUAGACGUUACACCGUGCUUAGAGCGAGCAAUCUUUAAAUGGUGUCAGUUGCAUGUGCUUGUAUUCAAAAACCAGUGAUUUUUGUCACUGAUAGUUGGCGAGAAAUAAGCAAUAAGACAAUUCGGAACUGUUUUGCUCAAUGCGGUUUCAAGCAUUCAGGCUUGGAGAUGCUAGAAAUGACUGGGAGUGAAUAAAAAAUGAUUUCACUACUUCAAUAAUUCAGGAGCAAUGAAAAAUCUGAAAAUUAUCAACAGUCAUCUUGAAUGUUACAAAACAACUGAAGAUUUGGAGGAUGAAAUCAUUGAUAGCAUUGUCUGAAGGCAUCCAUUAUGUACACUAAACGUCUGCUGAUUUUGUUCCUUUACAGUCAAUCAAAAGAUGUACAAUGAAUUAUUAGGAACUAAUAUACUUUAUACUUUAUUGUCGCCAAGCAAUUGAUACUAGAACGUACAAUCAUCACAGCGAUAUUUGAUUCUGCGCUUCCCGCUCCCAGGAUUACACAUCGAUAGUAAAUAUUAAAAUUUUAAAUUAUAAUUAUAAUUUUAAUUUAAAUUAUAAAUCAUAAAUAGAAAAUAGAAAAAUGGAAAGUAAGGAAGUGCAAAAAAAAACGAGAGGGAGGUCCAAAUAUUUGGAGGGUACGGCCCAGAUCUGGAUCAGGAUCCGUUCAGCAGUCUUAUCACAGUUGGAAAGAAGCUGUUCCCAAAUCUGGCCGUACGAGUCUUCAAGCUCCUGAACCUUCUCCCAGAGGGAAGAGGGACGAAAAGUGUGUUGGCUGGGUGGGUCGUGUCCUUGAUUAUCCUGGCAGCACUGCUCCAACAGUAUGCGGUGUAAAGUGAGUCCAAGGACAGAAGAUUGGUUUGUGUGAUGUGCUGCGCCGUGUUUACGAUCUUCUGCAGCUUCUUCCGGUCUUGGACAGGACAACUUCCAUACCAGGUUGUGAUGCACCCUAGAAGAAUGCUUUCUACGGUGCAUCUAUAAAAAUUAGAGUUUUAGGGGACAGGCCAAAUUUCUUUAGUUUUCUCAGGAAGUAAAGGCUCUGGUGGGCCUUCUUGGCAGUGGACUCUGCUUGGUUAGACCAAGUCAGGUCAUUUGUGAUAUUGACCCCAAGGAACUUAAAGCUUUUGACCUGUUCCACUUGCGCACCACCGAUGUAAAUUGGUGCGGACCGCUACUCUUUCUGAAGUCAACAACCAAUUCCUUCGUCUUGUUGACAUUGAGGGAUAGGUUAUUGUCUUCGCACCUUGCCACCAGUUCUUAAUUUCCUCUCUGUACUCAAACUCGUCAUUACCCGAGAUAUGGCCUACAAUUGUUGUGUCAUCAGCAAACUUAUAUUGAGUUCGAUGGAAACUUAGCUACACAAUCAUGGGUGUACAGUGAGUACAGCAGGGGGCUGAGUACACAGCCUUGUGGGGCACCGGUGCUCAGAGUGAUUGUAGAGGAGAGUUUGUCCCCUAUUUUCACGGCCUGGGUCCUGUCUGUGAGGAAGUUGAAGAUCCAGCUGCAGAUCUGAGUGCUAAGGCCCAGGUUCCGGAGCUUAGGAGUCAGUUUAUUUGGAAUGAUGGUAUUAAAUAUACCAUUUUACACCACUGCACUAUAAUACACAGUGUUAUAGUACAGUAGCAGUAUUGGUAGUGUCUAAUUUGUUCUGUUUCAUUUAAAUACAUAAUUUGUUUCUCAGUUAAAUGGUAGCUGAUGUUUUUAUUGCUUUUUAAGCAUUUCCAUGAAACUUUGGCUAAUUGUGGCAGCCACUUAAUUAGGCCAAAAUGUAUUGGUCCUGAUACUCCAAUUAAGCAGAUUUUUUUUUUUGUGUGUGAUGUCACUGUCAUAAAGAGGCCAAAUGCAAAAAAGCUUGAAAGAUGGCGUCUCAUCAUCUGGACAUAAUAUUGAAUUCUACAACUUUAGGUGCUUUGAAUUCUCUCCAUAUCAGUCAUUCAUUCAUAAUAUUAGCUAGGUUUUUUGCAUUUUUAUGUUGCUGUGGGAGUAGAGAAUAUGCCCACACUGAAAUCCUCCUGCUCUCAUCUUCUGUCUAUCUGACUCUCUAUCUGCUCCCAUUCAGUCAUGGACCAGAUAACCCCAUGUCCAGUUGAUCCCCAUGUCAUUCUGGUUUUACCCUUUCAAAAACAUUUCCCUUCCCCUCCCUCCCUGCAGCUUAAUAAGCUGCUUUUGUCUCCUUCCCAGUGCUGACAAAGGCUCUUCAACCAGAAACGUUGGCUCUGUUUCUCGUUUCACUGAUGGGUCCUGCUGAAGGGUCUUGGCCCAAAAUGUCGACUAUACUUUUUUCCAUAGAUGCUGCCUGGCCUGCUGAGUUCCUCCAGCAUUUUGUGUGUGUUGCUUGGAUUUCCAGCAAAUGCAGAUUUUCUCUUGAUUGUGGUCUGAACCAUUGAGUGUUUCCAGAAUUUUCUGUUAUUUUCAAGUCUAGUUACUGAAAAUUAUUAGACUUGCCCCCAUUAGAACACAGUUUCCAAAUAUCUUAGUGAUUCUUUUACAAAUUUGCAUAACUAUUUAAUUUUGUCAAACUUUAUAACCACAAUAUUUUCAGAAAGAUUAACAGUAUUGUGAUGAACUACAUAAAUAAUCUUUUUUCCAUCUUUUAUUGCAACUUGGAAAUACUAAAUUAUCCUUGGUGUGCUGUAACUUCUUUGGCGUGUUACACUGAUGGCGUCUAGGUCAGCAAUGAAGGUCCACCAUCUCUGGCGGUGUCCAUGGCUUCCUUCAUCGUGUCAGUAGCUUCCUCUCGGUUUACUGUCAGUCAUGCAAGUCCUGGGUGGAGACUCAGGAAUACCAUCCCCCUCAAAUGUAGAAGGUUUCUUCAUUGCUGCUUCUGUAACAGUUUUGUUUGACCGGUCAGGGUUGUUAGCCCUGAGCUGAACCCACGAACCUGAAGGACUGGUGGACCAAGUCUGGCCUCAACCCUUUGACCUGUCUGGCAUGGGUGACCCUACCAAGAGUCAAAGCAUAAAGCCCUGACCCCAGCCGGAAUAGCUCUCUGGGUCAUUGAAGCAUGCACGCCUCCAAACCACGACUUGGUUGUAAUCCUCUUGGAGGAUGCUUUAAAUAGUCAUAGUGAAAUGUAUUAUGCCCAAUAGUCAAGUAUGUUCAAAAUUAAUUUCAAUUUAGUAUUGGUAAAUAUGGUAUCCAGAAAUGAAGAUUUCAAGUCUCAAUAACAAUAUUUGGAAAAUGUUCUUUCUUUCAUGACUGUGUGGAAGUCAAAUUUUAUGGUUGUAUACUGCAUACAUACUUUGAUAAUAAAUGUACAUUGAACUUUGAAUAUUUCUGUAAUCUUACAUUAAUUUUCUAUUUCCUGAACAUAUUAAGUUUUGAAAAAUAAUUUUGUCAUUGUAGAUAUUAAAAGUGUAUAAAUAGCU